AUGGAUGAUGGUAGAAUGAAAUUUCCAUUAAUACAUGGGCAUCAGCACUUUAUUAAAACUGUUGAAGAAGUGGCUUACUGGCUGGGGUACGAAACUUUUGCGGAUGCGAACUUCAAAAGAGGUUUUUUGGUGAUAAGAGUACUUAUUGCUGGAGGAGAAGAGAGGAGGUAUGUAGUGAUAAUGAUUUUGAGAAACGACUCGUUGGGAGAUGUACAGGCUGAUUUGGACAGCGGUGAAGGCUCAACAAUUCGAUAUCCUAGAAUUGAUCAAGUGUAUAGUGUACCCUCCAUGUAUGAAGGUCCAUCGGAGAAUUGCGCGAUUUUGCCUGGUCGCGGGACCUGUGCAGCUCCAAAUACGUCUUGCAUGCGUUAUCCUGGCCAACCUAUACCAACAGUGCAGGAUGCUUCUUUCCAGCAUCAUGGUUCAUCAGAUUCUCGAAUCAUUGUCAAUGAUACUAAUAGGUAUACGGUUGUUGGACAUACACAGGAAGGCCAACCGAUAUACGCACUUCAAACUGGUGGUAACGAAGACGUAAAAACGCAGGCGCAGCAGCCACAACAAGUUUAUCGAUACUUGGAUUCGGCACCAUCCUAUUCAGAAGUAUAUUAUGCACCUGAUACUGUCAAAAACCCAAGGCAGCCAGCUCCUGAUUUUUAUGCAGCAGCUGAUGAGAGGGUUACUGACAGCCACUCCUCAACUUCUGUCGCAGUCCCAGAGCGAACGGUUGCUCAACGCCUCACUCAGCCGCACACUUUAUCCGAAUCUUUGAAUGGCUCCCAUGCGUCCAAAUCGCGACGUAAAAACUCAGCACCCGAUGAGGAGCAGAGACAAGCAGAACAAAUAAAUGAUUCUGCAGUUGCUGCUCAGGCUAGUGCCAUACAGCGCUUUAGUACUUUGGCUGGAUGGAAACAAAUGGGGACUUGGCUGAAAACGGCGGAAUCGAAUAAAGACUGGAAUCGGUUGAAAUUGUUGCUGAGCCAGUGCUCACAGGCUCACUUGACCGUUGAGUUACUUCAGUCUAAUGAUACGCCAAAAUUUAUUCGUCGUUUAUCGAAAACGUGUGUUGACAACGAUGUCAAAAAAAUUGCCGGUGACUUAGUUUUACGGUGGAAAAAGUUGAUUUCCGAGCCAACUAAAGCGAACUCAUCGCAGUCGUUAAAAAAAGUUGGCAGUACCAAAAGGAAAACUGUACACCCGUCAACAGAUGCUGCUAAAAAGCUUGUUAAAAUUGCCGUUGAACAACAGCAUUCCAUACCAGUCAAACAAGACACAGUUUCUGGAGCAGAAGAUCAUGAUUCAGAGGAUCAUUUAGCUGUUUCUGCGGCGUCUAAAACUGUUGGGACUGCGGAAAAACAAAACAAAAGUGUAGCAACAACAUCGUCAAGUGCACAGCAGAAAUGUAAUAAGCUCACAGAAUUUAAUCUAUUUGAAAAACUUGACGAAGAACGGAGUAAGGAGAAGAAGAAACGUCCGAAAACUGUGAAGACAUUUAUGUCUAAGUUUCGCUCAACAGGUGAAUUGUUGUUUCAAUAUUUUUCUUACAAUAACACGAUGUUUACGUGGUCAUUUGUUGCCUUUUUUUACGGCUCUAGUUGCACAACCAUUAGUUUGGAAAGCAACGCAGAAGGAGAAACUGCAAAAAACUCUGGGAAUGGACAAUCAAAAAAGAAAUCCAGUAUUCCAAGCAAAGCAGUUUUGGAUGCGAAGAAGAAAGCUCCUUUAACAAAUCUUCCGAAGAAUACGAAGCAAAAUGCAGUAAAUCCGAUAGUCACCUCUGCUCCUUCAUUUGAAAAGAAAAAUGUGCCACCAACUUCUGCUCCAAAGGUUAUGACUAGCGAUUCGUUCAUGGCUGCACUGAUGGACCCUGGAAACAAGCGGCAACCAUCAAAACAGCUAAAGAAAAAAGUUGCUCCAGCAUCAGCGAAAUCUGCUGUUUCCACGACAGUUAUCCCAAGUGUUAUGGCAAGUCCAUUAAUCUUUGCUUUAUAUCGGAAGUCUUUUGUGGAAGGGCUGUAUAGUGAUACUUCAAGGACUGUUUUGAAGGAAAGAGUAGAGGCAGCAGCACAAGAAAAGAGUAAACCUCUUGGAACAGAGGAGCCGGAUAUUAUUCCUCCUGGUAACCGUAAGAUUCGGUUUGCAGACGAAUACGGCAAAGAUUUAAUAUCCGUAAGGUACUUCGAUAUAGAGGAGGGAGAAAGAGUUAAUGUCAAUAAACUUUCCUCCGAAGAUAUGAAACAUCUGGAAAUGCAAAGAGAGCGCAGCUUUAUGAAGGAGCAACGCAACUUGCAUUAUACCGAUUUCGGGUUCAAAAUGGAUAUUUCUGAGAGUGGAACAGCUAUCCCAUGGAAAUUGCUGCCUGUGGAAGAUGCGGUGUUCUUUGAAGCUCGUGGUUCAAAAAGCGUUGCAAGGCAGAUUGAAGAAGAGCGACAGAGAACAGUAAUGAUACCUUUUUACGAUCCCGCUGUAAGUGUGGAGUUAGCAGACGCAGAUGAAGAAAUUCUUGAUUCUACUGAAUCCCCUGUUAUUAUCCCGCUGGACAUGACAGGAGAAGAAGAGGAAAUGAUGCAAGUGAGUUUACUUGGAAGGCUGCAGUAUGGUCAGAAAUUUUUUUUGAGUUUGUACUUGGCGGAUGGUAAUUUGCAAACUGCUGAUCAUUUAAUGCCUCCGGAUACGCAGCAAUCUUCUUUGACGACUUCGUAUAGCAGCCCUCCAAUUGAUUUACAGAAACUUAUGGCUCAGCUUAAGGAGAAGGGUAUUGUACCUGCUGAUUCGGGAGCUGUGAACAUCCCUAACAAACUUUCGUCUGCUGUACCUGCCAAAGCCAUACCGCCUCUGCCAGUUCCUCCUGACGCUGCGAUAACUGCUAAUUCUAAUUAUGUCCAGUUAAAUUCUCAAGCUAAUAUUCCACAGCUUCGGUUGCCUCUCGGGCACCCGAACUUCCCUCCUGGUCUUUCAAUGCCACCGAUGCUUCCUAAUGGACAAUUUGUGCUUCAAGUUCCGCAACAACAGAACCAUCAGCCAUUGCUAAAUGGUCCUGUUCCUGCUGGUGUAAUUCCUACAGUGGGUGUAGAUCAUACGCCGCAAAACCCCUCGACUUCGGAGGCCUCGCAUUCAGGAUACGGCCGCCCACGUAAUUUUUCAGAAAGCUAUUCGAACAAUUUGACAUUGAGGUUUUCGACAGGAACUGCUAGUGGCGUUAGGGCUACUUUUAACCAUCAUUUACAGUGUGCUUUUUAUCAAGCCGGAACUUGUAAUUACGGCGACAAGUGCCGUUUUGCACACGGGAAAGACCCACCCCUUGUUAAUCGCGGAAGGGGGAAUUAUGGCGGGUACAGGGGAGGUUUCAACGAGGAAAGGAUGAACUAUGGCAGAGGAGGUUCCCACUCUCGUGGAAUGGGUAGGGGAAAUCAUCGUGGGAGCUUUACGCAUGGUGACGGAGACUACCGACGUGGAGGUAGACGGCUCAUGGGGAAACGGCCGUACCGGGACAGGGAUAGAGAUUAUGACAGAGAUAGGAAAGGCUAUGAACGUUACGAAAGACAAAGGUAUAGGAGUCGGUCACGGUCUAGAAGUCGAAGUCGAUCACGAUCAAAAAGUCCACCACAUAUAAGGUCUCCUGAUAGGCGAUGUGGCCGAGAUCAGAUGAGCGACAAAAUUGAUGAAACCAUGAGGGAACGGAAAUUAUUUGUUGAGCAGCAGAAGUCUCCUCCAGAUGACCCUCUGCCAUCAAGAAAAGAGUUUUUCAUGGAUUCACCGGCAAGUCCAACUCCUGAAUAG